CUCAUAACUUGCAUAACUAAUGAGCCUUAACUCCAUGAUAAAUUAAGCAGGACCAAUGACUCCUCUUAUUUGCACAUGCUAACUGGUUGACGGCUCAUUCAAAUAACAUCGCAAAAGGACUAUUUUCCACAAUUUUUUCUAAACAGUAAAAGAUUUCAACAAAAAUAAUUAUAUACAAUAAUUAUGUUGGAGAUGCUUGAAUACAACCAUUAUCAGGUGCCGUCCCACCUGGAGAGCCCAACUAAGUACCAGAUCCAGCAGGCCCAGAGGCAACAGGUGAGGCAGUAUCUCUCCUCCACCCUCGGUGGGAAAACGGGUAGCCAGUGCCCUAGCCAAACCCCGGAACGAGGCAUGCCCCCUGGGCCGGCCAGCAGCGCCCCCAACAGCCCCAUGGCCCUGCUCACUCUCAGCUCCAACUGUGAGAAAGAGAUGGAUGAUGUUAUUGACGAUAUUAUUAGCUUGGAAACAAGUUAUAAUGAGGACAUCCUCGGCCUUAUGGAUUCUGGAGUCCAGAUUUUGAACACGCUCCCAGUGUCUGGCAACCUUCUGGACAUGUAUAGCAGCCAAGGAAUCAACAACUCAUGCUCUUCCAGUAUGUCCAACAUUAAAAGGGAAUACACAGUUGGUCCAGGCCCUGGCAUGAUGCACAUGCUGGAGAAGCCUGGGCCAUGCAGCCAGUAUGAAAACUACCAAAGGCAAGAAGGCUAUCCAGUAGAGGCUGAGGUACGAGCUCUGGCAAAGGAGAGACAGAAGAAGGACAAUCAUAACCUUAUUGAACGCAGGCGGCGGUUUAAUAUCAACGAUAGGAUCAAAGAAUUGGGAACAUUAAUUCCUAAGUCAAAUGACCCGGACAUGCGCUGGAAUAAGGGAACUAUUCUCAAAGCCUCAGUCGACUACAUUCGUAAGCUGCAGCGGGAGCAGCAGCGUGCCAAAGAGCUGGAGUUAAGGCAGAGGAGGCUGGAGCAUGCUAACCGUCACCUGAUGCUACGCAUUCAGGAGUUGGAAAUGCAGGCCCGAGCUCAUGGCCUCGCAGUGGUGACGUCCCCGUCCUCCCUGUGCACCUCGGAGCUGAUGGCCAGGGCCAUCAAACAAGAGCCCCUGCUGGGCGGCGAGUGCCCCUCCGACCUAUACCACCAUAGCCCCACCCCUGACAUGUCACCGCCCACUACGCUGGACCUGAACAACGGCACCAUAUCCUUCGACCCGAUUCAUUCAGAUUCUGGAGAUCCUUACCGCGCCUCCAAAUCGGACAACGCGAAGGACAGCAUCUUGUCGUCAGUCGCUCCGAGCGAGACGCUGCUGUCUUCCGGUUCCCCGGACCACUCCGACAGCAGCAGCCGCCGCAGCUCCAGCUCUAGCAUGGACGAGAAGGAGAACGGCUGUUAGUGUGGACGGCUAACGGUUCACCUACCUUAACUUCGAGACAUGGAGGACACGUUGUUAACUGUCGAAGUAUUUCGAAGUUUUCAAAAACGAACGAGUGGCUAUCGAAAUGUUGUCAGCCAUUCUCCGCAAGACAGAAGACGUUUUGCGUUACUUUCUUUUUUAAAUCUAUAGCUGGAUUUUAAUCUUUAUCUUAAAAGUAUUGUGGGCUUACAUGAAAAGUAGCCAACAUUACGUUGGGACCGCGUGUGAUUCGUUAUGCUGUUCCUGCUUGUGUCUUCCGUCGUCGCGGUUACUGACAAAUGAUCACAGGUGGAAGAGCAGAUGCUGUGAGCAACGCUCAACGUCGCUCAUAUAAAGCUUUGGAUCAAUUUGUGGUUCGCUUUUAUAAAUCCAGGUUCAACAAAGGGAUUACGUUUAACUUGUAGGCUACUCUACGACGUGGCAAUAGGCCUCUGUUCAUGAAAUAAAUUGCUUUAUUCCACUAACAUUAAAGAUCCAGUGUGUAGAAUUGAGUGGUCUGUAGUGAACCUGAGUUGGCAGAAAUGGAAUAUAACAUUCAUAAGUAUGUUUUAAUUAGUGUUUAAUCCCUUGAAAAUAAGAAUUAUUUUUUUCUUUACCUAAUUUUGAGCUCUUUAUAUCUACUUGGGGUGCGGGUCCUCUUUCACGAAGGCAUCCAUGGACGCCAUUGUUCUAUUGUUGCCCAGAACAGACAAACUGCAAUUAUUACCGUUGUUGUAUAGGAGCCUUAUAAAAAGCAAUAUUGUAUCUGAAAUGCUCACCUUAGUGUUAUGGUAUAUAUUUAUACAUUUACUAAAAAACGAAAUAGAAUUCAUAAAUCUAUCAAAGAGCGUCAUCACUUGACUCGGCUACUCGAUGUUGAUAAUUUUGGAAGUAGGUCUACUUACUGUCUGGAACCUUGGUACAGGACCUGUGUGAAGUUGGCCCCCCGUCUCAUUCAAAAUAUUAAAAUAACACUGCUGUUCGUU